GGGGAGGGGGAAGAGGAAGAGGAGGAGGAGGAGGAGGAGGAGGAGGCCUACAUCAGGACCUUUUUCUACGUCGGCGGAGGCUACGUCAGAAAUGGAAAAGAGGCUCACGUAUUCCGUGAGCAGAUGUAUGUCGAGAAGCUGCUCCCUGUCGGCGGCCCAACCCAAGAGCCGCCCAUCGUCCUGAUCCAUGGCCUGUCCCAGACUGGCACCAACUUUCUGAAUAAGCCCGACGGCGGCCGUGGAUGGGCUUCCGAUUUCAUCAGCCAGGGUUACGAAGUCUACCUGGUUGACCAGACGCUGGGUGGGCGCUCGGGUGCCCUGUCUGCCGAGUCGAGCAUGACGGCCGAGAUGGUCGAGAAGCACUUCACAGCUCCGAGCGAAUACGACCUGUGGCCGGCCGCGGCCAAGCAUACGCAGUGGCCCGGGACGGGGCGGAUGGGCGACGCCGUCUUCGACGCCUUCUACAGCGCCUUCGUCCCCUUUGACGGCGACGAUGUGCGCCACCAGACGACCAUGCAGCAGGCCGGCUCAGCCCUCCUGGACCGCAUAGGCAGACCUGCCAUCCUCGUCGCCCACAGCCAGGGAGGUUCCAUGCCUCUCCUCAUGGCUGAUUCCCGACCGGGGCUGGCACGCGCCCUCGUGCUUCUCGAGCCCCGUGGGCCGCCCUUUCGCCAGUCCGUCAUCUACACGGGCCCUGCGCGGCCGUGGGGGCUGACAGAUAUUCCGCUCACGUUCUCGCCGCCUGUAAAUGACCCAUCCGACUUUGUUCUGCAGACCCUGCCCGCGCGUGGCGAGGGGUUCUCCGAGCGAGUCUUGCAGGCCGACGACCCGCCGCCGCGACAGCUCGUCAACCUGGCCCCCUUACCUAUCCUUGUCGUCACGGGGGAGGCGUCAUACCAUGCGGACUAUGACUACUGCACUGUCGAGUUUCUCCGCCAGGCUGGCUGCCACAGGACAGAGCACCUCGAGCUCGGCGAGGUGGGCGUACACGGUAACGGGCACAUGUUCUUUCUCGAGAAGAACAGCAGCCGGAUACAAGGAGUAGUACAUGACUGGAUCCGGAAGCUACCUGCACGUCAAUAG